AUGGGCAAUCAAAGUAUAAAAGAUUCAAGUACACGUGCAUCGCCCAAUUUAAAAAGUCGUCGUUCAUUAUCAAAACCAUUUCUUAAUUUAUCCGGUUCACAUACAGAAUCUCCAUUAAUAUCGACAUCAUCGCUUGCAACAACACAUACCAAUGUUGAUGAUAUAUCUAUUCAUAGUCAAGGUUCAUUUCGUUCAACACCAUGUAAUACACUUGCACAUAUUCAAUCUCAACAAAAUAAUAAUGGAAAUUUCGAUUGUUUAACAGCUGAUAAACGUUGGUUAUCACGUGAAUUGUUAUUAACACAAACUGACACAAUAUCAACAUCAUUCGUUGGAAAUAAUAAUAAUAAUAAUAAUAGCAUAACGUCAACAAAUUGUCCAUUACAUCAUCAUCGUACAAAUUCAACGAAUGAUGGAAUCUAUAUAGCUUGUUUACCAUUUAAUGCAAGUGAUGAUAAACAAUUAUCACUAGCUGUUGGAGAACAUUUAACUAUUGUUAAUUAUCAUGAUAGAAAUCAUGAUUGGGUUGAAGUACGCAAUACUCAAGGUCAAAUUGGUUGGGUACCACAAGUAUUUAUUAAACCAUUAUCAUCAUUAGAUAGACAUUCAUGGUUUCAUGGAAAAGUAUCGAGAUGUGAAGCUGAAUAUUUAUUAACACAAGGAAUUAAUGGAAGUUUUCUUGUACGUGAUAGUGAAACUGUUCCAGGUCAAUUAUCUAUUAGUCUUCGAUAUGAUGGUCGCAUAUAUCAUUAUCGUAUAAAUACAGAUGAAAACGGUCAAUAUUAUGUUUCAACUGAAUUACGUUUUUCAACAUUACAACAAUUAAUUCAUCAUCAUUCAAUAACAACUGAUGGUCUUGUUCAUCUAUUACUUUAUCCAAUAAAUAAACAUAAAAUUCAACCAGCAUUAUUUAAAAUAGAUGAUAAAUGGGAAAUUCCACGAUCAGAAAUAGCUAUGAAACAAAAAUUAGGCGGUGGACAAUAUGGUGAAGUUUAUGAAGCAUUAUGGAAACGUUAUAAUAAAGUUGUUGCUGUUAAAACAUUAAAAGAAACAAUGAGUUUACAAGAUUUCUUAGAAGAAGCUGAUGUUAUGAAAGAUUUAAAACAUCCAAAUCUUGUACAAUUACUUGGUAUAUGUACACUUGAGCCACCUUAUUAUAUUAUAACUGAAUUUAUGGCACAUGGUUGUUUACUUGAUUAUUUAAAACGACGACCACGUACUGAAUUAACAUCAACUGUAUUAAUGUAUAUGGCUGGACAAGUUGCUUCAGCAAUGACUUAUUUAGAAGCAAAAAAUUUUAUUCAUAGAGAUUUAGCGGCACGAAAUUGUCUUGUUGGAGAUAAUCAUGUUGUUAAAGUUGGUGAUUUUGGUUUAGCUCGUCUUGUUAAAUGUGAAGAUCAUUAUACAGCUAAACAUGGUGCUAAAUUUCCAAUUAAAUGGACAGCACCUGAAGGGUUAGAACGAAAUCAAUUUUCAACAAAAUCUGAUGUAUGGAGUUUUUCAAUUCUUCUCUGGGAAAUUGCUACAUAUGGUGCUAGUCCAUAUCCAAAGAUAGAGCUUUGUCAAGUAUUUGAUCACCUUCGAGCUGGAAAUCGAAUGGAGCGUCCACCUGGUUGUCCAACUGAUGUAUAUAAUCUAAUGCAAAAAUGUUGGCGAUGGACUCCUGAUGAAAGACCAACAUUUAAAGAAAUUCAUACUGAACUUGAAAGUAUGACUACAGUUGGAUUCAAUACUCAAGAAAAUGGUACAACAAAAAUUAUAUCUUCAAAUGAGUUUUGUUCGAAUUCCAAUCGUGCUCGAACUGGUCCAUCACUUCCACCUCCUCGACCACCAGCUCGAACAUGUUCAUUUUCUAGUGUUACAUCUCCACCACCACCUCCACCUGCAACAGCACAUCAAUCCAUUUUAGCACGUUUUCUUUCAUCACCACGUCCAAAAUUAUCUACUGAUCAACAGCAACAACCAUCUACUAUUACUGAAGAUCCAAAUGAACAAACAUUACCGACAAUUAUUCAACAACAACAACCAUUACGUGAUCGACCACGAAAUCCUAAUCCUGAAGCACGUUUAUCAACAUUUAGUAAAAAACAAACACCAUUACCAAUAACAACAGCACUUCCUAAUUCAUUUUCAACAACAACAUUUGUUGGACAUAAUCAUUCAACAACAACAAAUGGUAUUGAACCAUUAAAUAAUGUCCUUUGUGAUAGUGUUCAACGUCCAACACCGCCAUUAAAACCUAAUCGAGAUGGAUCAAUAAAAAUAAAAUCAAAUAAAAAAUCUUCAAAAGCAAAAUCGAAUGCAUCAAUUGAUAGUGUUAUAUCAUCAUCAAGUACAAAUUUAACAGAAUCUAAAACUCCUGAACAUCAAAAUUCAUCUUCAAAUUCUUCAACAACAACACCUGAGUUUUGCCGUAUACAUCUUCGACAAACAGGUAAUAUACCAAAUUCAAAAAAUUCAAAUGAAUCUGAAUCAACAACUGAAUCAGUUCCAUCAUCAGUUGGUAUGGCAAUACGUUUGUUUUCUGAAUAUGCAUCAAGUCGUUGUCAAGAUACAAAAUUAAAUACAUCAUCAUCAUCAACAGCAACAACAACAACAGCAACAACAGAUAAUGAACAAUUAACAGAUACAGUACGAUCUUUACUUGAAACAGUUCAAUUGUUAAUCAAAUAUAUUCGACAAGUACAAAAAAAUCGUCAAAGUAAAUUAAUAAUGUCAAAUUCAACAAUAACAAUUGAUGAUAAUGAUAUAAUUAAUUGUAAAAAUUUAUCAACAAUGCCAACAACAAUAACAUUAGUUAACGAUUUAAAUUUAUUUGGUGAUCGUUGUUUAGAAUUAUCAAAAAUUAUUUCACCACAAAUAGCAUUUAAAUUACGUGAACAUAUACAAAAUAUAAAAGAUAUAUCAAAACCAUUAUUUGAUAAUGAUGAUAAUCGUGAUGAAACAAAUAUCUUUUCACAAAUGACAAGAAUUUUACAAGAUAUUAAAAUAAUUCUCGACAAAUUAUAA